AUGUCUUUAUUCAGCUUACUUCCUCAGGCAGCCGGGCUUCUUCCCAAAUGGCAACUUGUGGUGUCAUCUCUUGCAGUCUUCAAUACUGUACAAAACUUUGUGACUCUAAGCCUUACCAAGCGAAUUUACAGCAAACAACCACAAAAUGUCACAGCUCUUCAAUCACGCACGUUCGCAAUCUGGACACUCACAUCUGCAAUUCUGCGAUUUUACUGUGCGUAUCAUGUGAAUGAAAAAGUCGUGUACGACUUGACGAUGUGGACCUAUGUCCUCGCAUUUGGCCACUUUACGUCCGAGUUUCUCAUCUUCCGUACUGCGGGACUCGGACCGGGACUUCUGAGCCCAAUGAUCGUCUCGACAACUUCGUUCAUAUGGAUGUGGAGCCAAUACGACUUUUACGUCUCGCGAUAA